AUGUUAUACAAUAAUUUCUUCAAUAUCAAAGUGCAUACAAGUUUCUUGAGUGAUUAUCCUGUAAUUCCGGAGCACCACCAUGAGAUGUUUCAAGGACAUUUUCUAUCCAACCUUAGUGUGGACUCCGCCAUCAAGCGUGUGGCUCCUACGCCGGUGUGUGCAGGAAGAAAGCCCCUGAAGCACCUCCCCGUAGCGAGAGUUCAACAAUUGCUAUCUAUUCCUUUUGAUUCUGGUCCUGGUGGUCCUGGCAAGGGGAGGUUGAGUGUUCAUAAUUGCUCUGUGGGUCCAGUUGCUCGGAUCUUCCUUGGGUGGGACCCUACUAUUUUUGGCAGUUCUAUCUUGUUUUCUUCUGAUCAAUUGAUUGUUUCUGAAUUUCUUCCUCUGGAUGGUUCUACUUCUUUUGUUCUAUCUGUGGUAUAUGGGCAUAAUAAAGCUAUAGAUAGAAGACAGUUGUGGGAUGAUAGGAGAAUCACUGCUAACUCUGUUGGUACUAAACCUUGGGUUCAAAUGGGUGAUUUCAAUACUGUUAGAGCAACUUUAGAGAGACUGGUAGGUUUCGACUCUAAUGUAGCUACUGAAUUCAAUCAUUGUUUAGCAGAUAUUCUUCAUGAUGAUUUACCAGCUAAGGGUUUUUGGUUCACUUGGACUAAUAAAAGGGGUGGUUUGGGAGAUAAUAAAAGUAGGAUUCAUAGAGUAAUCUCUAAUAAUCAGUGGUUGGUGACUUUCCUUGCCUAUGAAGCUUUUUUUCUUGCUCCUGGAUUGUCAGAUCAUUGCCCCAUGAAUUCAGUUUUUAAAAAGGUUCUAGUCCAAUCUUGGACUAAGCAUGUGACUGGUAGGCCUAUGUUUGUGCUCUCUACCAAGCUGAAGAGAUUAAAAGGUGCUCUCAAAAAUUUUAAUUUUCAGUACUACUCUAACAUCAGUAAAGGAGUAUGUGAUGCAAAGGAGGAGUUAGAUAGAGUACAAGACUUGUAUUUUCAAUCUCCUUUUGAUUCUGCUUUGUGUCACUCUGAGAAAGAUAUGCUGGGUAAAUAUGUGGAGUUAAGAAUGGCUGAGGAAUCAUUCUUGAAGCAGAAAACCAGGAUUAAAUGGCUUGCUCUAGGUGAUCAGAAUUCUAGGUACUUUCAUAGGAAAAUGUGCUCCCAUAGGGCAAGGAACACAAUCCUUAGUCUCACUAAUUCUGUUGGUACAUUGAUUGAUGAUCCUGAGGCUGUUAUGCAGGAGAUCUUGGGUUACUAUAUUGGCCUGUUGGGUACUCCAUUCAUGGGAAAAACUGAUUCUGUUCAUGUUCUUACUCAAGCUAUCCAUACAAAAGUUCCUCAUCACCUUAGGGCUAUGCUUGUUGCUCUUAUUACUGUGACUGAAAUAAAGGCUGCUCUUAUGUCCAUUAAUGGGGAUAAGGCCCCUGGGCCUGAUGGUUUCAACUCUUUGUUUUUCCAGAAAAGUUGGGAUGUGGUGGGAAGUGAUUUUGUUGCUGCUGUUGCCUCUUUUUUUGAAUCUGGUAUGCUUCUUAAAGAAUGGAAUGCCACUACUAUUUCCUUGAUUCCAAAGGAGAAAAUUCUUCACAGAAUUUUGAGCUGGGAUUCUAAGACAUUGUCUUAUGAUGGGAGGGCCUUGCUCAUUCAGUCUAUUUUGUUUAGCAUUCAAGUGUACUGGAGCUCUAUUUUUAUCAUUCCUAGUAAAGUGAUUAAGGAGAUUGAAUGUACUCUACUGGCUUUUCUCUGGUCUGGUACUGAGCUUAAGCAUUCCGGGGCUAAAGUUAAGUGGGAUCAGAUUUGCUGUCUUAAGGAGGAAGGGGGUUUGGGGUUUAGAAGAAUAAAGAAGUGGAAUAGGGCUUCUAUGCUGAGGCAUUUAUGGGCUUUGUGUAAGAAGGCUGACACUCUUUGGGUUAAGUGGAUGCACACAUAUUUCAUUAAAGAGAACUGUCUUUGGACCAUGGAUAUUCCUUGUGAUUCUUUUCUUCGUGGACUAUGA